AUGACUGUGAAGGUGACACCUCAGAAACAAAGUGGCACCUCAGACACAGGGGGCAUCUCAGACACAGGUGGCACUUCAGAAACAAGUGGCACCUCAGAAACAAGUGGUACCUCAGAAACAAGUGGCACCUCAGAAACAAGUGGCACCUCAGAAACAAGUGGCACCUCAGGAACAGGUGGCACCUCAGGAACAAUGGCACCUCAGAAACAAGUGGCACCUCAGAAACAAGUGGCACCUCAGAAGCAUGUGUCACCUCAGGAACAAGUGGCACCUCAGAAACAUGUGUCACCUCAGGAACAAGUGUCACCUCAGGAACAAGUGUCACCUCAGGAACAAGUAGCACCUCAGAAACAAGUGGCACAAAAGAGGCGUCAGCUGGUGGGAACGGCACAGCACUCCCUUCCAUCCUCUUGUUAA